AUGGAUUUGAUGAAAGGACAUUCCUGGACCAGUCCGACCCGUCACGGCACAGCCGCACAGCGCCGGGCCAGACCCGUCACGGCACAGCCGCACAGCGCCGGGUCAGACCCGUCACGGCACAGCCGCACAGCGCCGGGCCAGACCCGUCACGGCACAGCUGCACAGCGCCGGGUCAGACCCGUCACGGCACAGCCGCACAGCGCCGGGUCAGACCCGUCACGGCACAGCCGCACAGCGCCGGGCCAGACCCGUCACGGCACAGCCGCACAGCGCCGGGUCAGACCCGUCACGGCACAGCCGCACAGCGCCGGGCCAGACCCGUCACGGCACAGCCGCACAGCGCCGGGUCAGACCCGUCACGGCACAGCCGCACAGCGCCGGGCCAGACCCGUCACGGCACAGCCGCACAGCGCCGGGUCAGACCCGUCACGGCACAGCCGCACAGCGCCGGGUCAGACCCGUCACGGCACAGCCGCACAGCGCCGGGCCAGACCCGUCACGGCACAGCCGCACAGCGCCGGGCCAGACCCGUCACGGCACAGCCGCACAGCGCCGGGCCAGACCCGUCACGGCACAGCCGCACAGCGCCGGGUCAGACCCGUCACGGCACAGCCGCACAGCGCCGGGUCAGACCCGUCACGGCACAGCCGCACAGCGCCGGGUCAGACCCGUCACGGCACAGCCGCACAGCGCCGGGUCAGACCCGUCACGGCACAGCCGCACAGCGCCGGGCCAGGGGCCUUUGUCAUGUGUGAAAAAUGUUGA